UAUUCUGUCUUUUCUUUAGUGAUUGUAUCUCUAUUCUCCAAGGGCUUUCGAAAUGGGUGGGCUGCCGACAGAGAAUACUUCAUCGACCUUAGCUUUGAUUGGGUCACAGCAAAACCAUGGAUCAACCGUCAACAAGCCUGGCACAGAUACAAAGCCGAAGAAGAAGAUCUGCUGUGCUUGUCCUGAGACUAAGAAAUUGAGAGAUGAAUGCAUUGUCGAGCACGGGGAAGAAGCUUGUGCAAAAUGGAUAGAGGCGCAUCGCAAGUGUCUCCGCUCUGAAGGCUUCAAUGUUUAGUGGUACGAAAGAUGGUUGGACUGCAUGAUAAGGUUUUGAUAAUUUUUUAAUACAGACUUGUUUGUUUCAGGAUAGCACAUACAGGAUGAUACCCGAAAUUUAUGAAUAAUGCGAGGCAGGGGAGAUUCUCUUGCCUGUUAGAUAACAUUCAUGUGUUUAUUUUGUUUGUUUUCCUUAUAC